CAUUGUCCCUCGCACGGCGAAGAUCCUCCGACCGACCCCGUCGCGGCGGCGUGCGCGCGCGGGGUGCGCGAAGCGUUCGCCAUGGCGCGGGCCCACGAGCUCAGCACCAGCGUGGCGGGGGAGAACUACCCGGUGCGGCCUGUGGACCGGUGGUAUUUGAAGACCAGGGCCGACCUCCAGUUGGACGGCAACAGUUACGGGGGCCACUUCCUGGACACCACCACGGACCGGGAGAAAGCUCGCCAAGUGCUGCAGCGCGUGCAGUUUACCACGGCGGUGAACCGGGGGCUCAUGACGCAAGACGCCGAAUUGGAAGAUCCGCCGCGGCCGGAGAAGCGGGUGAGGUUGCCAGCCGCUGACAUGCGUGCGACCUUCACCGAGAAGUUGUCGGCGCCUUCGGCGCCGUCCCCAGCGCGGCGCCUGCCGCAGCUGGAGCUGCGCCGCUCGGAGCCGCGGCUGCCGGCGCCGGGGCCGCCGCCGCCGCAGCCGCCGCAGCCGCUGCCAGGUGGCAUGGAUGAGCGCCGGAAGAAGCUGAAGUCCGUGUCUGCCGACACUCGGUUCAGCAAGCGGGGCCUGGGCCGGGGCGGCCCGCGCUUCUGGCCUGAGCAUUCCUUCAGUCAGAGCAUGAUGAAUUUGCGGUGGGGCUGAAGGUCUGGCUGUCUGAAGAGGUUCCCAGGAUAUGGAUCCAAC